UCUUUUUUUGCUUUUUAUUAUUGAUCUGUAACUUUGUUUCUUGAAAUGAUAUAUCAAAUGACCAGGUUGGUCGGGAGCGAAGUUGGCUCAACUUGUCCAGGAAUCUGCUCUUGUUGCUGUCAGGAAAGGCAUGAAUCUAUUGUCCAGUCAGACAUGGACGAUGCAGUUGACUGGCAUAGAGUUAGGUCAUCAGGGGGACAAUGCCGUAGAGCUACCACAGAAAUGGGUGUUGCUAUAACUUCACAUUUGCUUAGGAGAUAUGAGAGUGCAAAAGUUGAAUGCUGCGAUCGCAUUUCAAUCAUUCCUCGUGGUCAAGUUCUCAUCUUCCAUGAGGAAAUAAUUGGAGAAGAAAUCGACUUCAUUCUAGACAAUUACCCUCCACAAACACCUAUUAGUGUUCUUUUUCAAGAGGAAAACCCUGGAAGACUACCUAGCCAUGGAUCAGUGGAGCCUGGGAAGGAUGCAAAACCUGUAUGUGAAAUUGGAAACUGAUGAUGAGGCUCCAUGACCUCUCUUUUCCCUUCAUGCCCUUGCGUUACAUUAGCAGUUUUUUUAGGCUCGAAGAUGGUAGCAGAGAUGGCAUGUAUUAUUGCCAUAUUAUUUUCUCAAAAUUCACAUUUUUUAUAACAAAUUCUCAUAGGUUAAAUUUACAAUUAUGAAGUCAAUGUUAUAUAUUCUGCACUUUUGAUCUUUAUAUACUAUAUUUAAUAUAUUGUUUUUCUUAUA